AUGACUGUUGCCUUACUGGGUUUUGCCAUUUUCUUGCUCCAUUGUGUGACAUGUAAGAAGCUUGUAGAAGGCACCAUCUCCCCCUCAUCUUGGCGCUUCACACACUCCCUUUACAAUGCCACCAUCUAUGAAAACUCUGCCCCCAAGACCUAUGUAGAAAGCUUCGUGAAAAUGGGCAUGUACCUUGAAGAGCCCCAGUGGGCAGUGCGGUACCGGAUCAUCUCUGGGGAUGUGGCCAAUGUAUUUAAGACAGAAGAGUAUGUGGUGGGCAACUUCUGCUUCCUGAGAAUAAGGACAAAGAGCAGCAAUACAGCCCUUCUGAACAGGGAGGUACGAGAUAGCUACACCCUCAUCAUCCAAGCCACAGAGAAGACCUUGGAGUUUGAAGCUUUAACCCGUGUGGAUGUCCACAUCCUGGACCAGAAUGAUCUGAGGCCCCUUUUCUCCCCACCUUCCUAUAGAGUCACCAUCUCUGAGGACUUGCCCCUAAGGAGCCCCAUCUGCAAGGUUACCGCCACAGAUGCUGAUCUGGGCCAAAAUGCUGAGUUCUAUUAUGCCUUUAACACAAGGUCAGAGAUGUUUGCCAUCCAUCCCACCAGUGGUGUGGUCACUGUGGCUGGGAAACUCAAUGUCACCUGGCGAGGGAAGUAUGAGCUUCAGGUGCUGGCUGUGGACCGAAUGCGGAAGAUCUCCGAGGGCAAUGGAUUUGGCAACUUAGCUGCCCUGGUCAUCCAUGUGGAGCCUACCCUCAGGAAGCCCCCAGCCAUUGCCUCGGUGGUGGUGACUCCACCAGACAGCAACGAAGGGACCACCUAUGCCACUGUAGUGGUAGACGCUAACAACGCAGGAGCUGAAGUGGACUCAUUGAAUGUUGUGGGUGGUGACCCUGGAAAGCACUUCAAAGCCAUCAAGUCUUAUGCCAGGAGCAAUGAGUUCAGUUUGGUGUCCAUCAAAGACAUCAACUGGAUAGAACACCUUCAUGGAUUCAACCUCAGCCUCCAGGCGAGGAGUGGACCCAGACCUUUUUAUUCCCAGAUCAGGGGCUUCCAUCUACCUGCUUCCAAACUGGCUGCCCUCAAAUUCGAGAAAGCAGUUUACAGAGUGCAACUGAGUGAGUUCUCCCCACCUGGCAGUCGUGUGGUGAUGGUGAAGGUGACCCCAGCCUUCCCUAACCUGCAGUAUGUUCUAAAGCCAUCCUCACAGAGUGCAGGAUUUAAACUGAAUGCUCACAGUGGGUUGAUCACCACCACGAAGCUCAUGGACUUCCACGACCAAACCCGCUAUGAGCUACACAUCAGAACGUCACCAGGCCGGGCUUCCACCACAGUGGUCGUUGACAUCGUGGACUGUAACAACCAUGCCCCCGUCUUCAAUAGGUCUUCUUAUGAGGGCACUUUGGAUGAGAACAUCCCUCCAGGUACCAGUGUUUUGACAGUUACUGCCACAGAUCGGGAUCAUGGGGAGAACGGAUGUAUCAUCUAUUCCAUUGCUGGUCCCAAAGUUCUGCCAUUCUCUAUUGACCCCUACCUGGGAGUCAUCUCCACCUCCAAACCUAUGGAUUAUGAGCUUAUGAAAAGAAUUUACAACUUUCGGGUACGAGCAUCAGAUUGGGGUUCCCCAUUUCGCCGAGAGAGGGAGGUGUCCAUUUCUCUUAGGCUCAAGAACUUGAAUGACAACCAGCCUGUGUUUGAGGAAGUCAACUGCACGGGGUCUAUCCGCCAAGACUGGCCAAUAGGGAAGUCGGUAAUGACUGUGUCAGCCAUAGAUGUGGAUGAGCUUCAGAACCUAAAAUAUGAGAUUGUGUCAGGCAAUGAGUUGGGGUAUUUUGAUCUAAAUCAUUUUUCUGGGGUGAUAUCCCUCAAACGCUCUUUCAUGAAUCUUACCGCUGGGCAGCCCACCAGUUAUUCCCUGAAAAUUACAGCCUCAGAUGGCAAAAACUAUGCCUCACCCACAACUCUGAAUGUCACUGUGGUGAAAGACCCUCAUUUUGAGGUGCCUAUAAGCUGUGAUAAAACAGGGGUCCUGACACAUUUCACAAAGGCCAUCCUUCAUUAUGUUGGGCUGCAGAACAUGGAGUCCAGUGAUGAAGAAUUCACUGCCUUAAGCACCUAUCAGAUCAAUCACCAUCCCCCUCAGUUUGAAGACCACUUCCCCCAGUCCAUUGAUGUCCUCGAGCGUGUUCCUGUCAACACUCCCUUGGCCCGCUUGGCAGCCACUGACCCUGAUGCUGGCUUUAACGGUAAACUAGUCUACGUGGUUGCAGAUGGCAACGAGGAAGGCUGCUUUGACAUUGAGCUGGAGACAGGGCUGCUCACUGUAGCUGCUCCCUUGGACUAUGAAACAACCAGUUUCUACGUCCUCAACAUAACAGUGUAUGAUCUAGGCACUCCCCAGAAGUCCUCCUGGAAGCUGCUGACAGUGAAUGUGAAAGACUGGAAUGACAAUGCACCCAGAUUUCCCCCUGGUGGGUACCAGUUAACCAUCUCAGAGGACACUGAAGUUGGAACCACAAUUGCAGAGCUGAAAACAAAAGAUGCUGACUCAGAGGACAAUGGGAGGGUUCGCUACACCUUGUUAAGUCCCACAGAGAAGUUUUCCCUCCACCCCCUCACUGGGGAACUGGUUGUCACAGGACACCUGGACCGGGAAUCAGAACCUCAGUACAUACUCAAGGUGGAGGCCAGGGAUCAGCCCAGCAAGGGCCACCAGCUCUUCUCUGUUACUGACCUUCUAGUCACACUGGAAGAUGCUAAUGACAAUUCUCCACAGUGCAUCACAGAACACAGCAGCCUGAAGGUCCCAGAGGACUUGCCCCCUGGGACUAUCCUGACGUUUCUGGAUGCCUCUGACCCUGACCUGGGCCCUGCUGGUGAAGUGCGAUAUGUCCUGUUGAACGACGCACAUGGGACUUUCCGGGUGGACCUGAUGACUGGGGCGCUCAGUCUGGAGAGAGAGCUGGAUUUUGAGAAGCAGGCUGGGUACAAUCUGAGCCUGUGGGCCAGUGACGGCGGGAGGCCUCUGGCCCGCAGGACCCUCUGCCAUGUGGAGGUGAUAGUCCUGGAUGUGAAUGAGAAUCUCCACCCUCCCCACUUUGCCUCCUUCGUGCACCAGGGCCAGGUGCAGGAGAACAGUCCCUCGGGAACCCAAGUGAUGAUAGUGGCUGCCCGCGACGAUGACAGUGGCUUGGAUGGGGAGCUCCAGUACUCCCUGAGGGCUGGCACCAGUCUCGCAGCCUUCAGCAUCAACCAAGACACAGGAAUGAUUCAGACUAUGGCACCUCUGGACCGAGAAUUUGCAUCCUACUACUGGUUGACGGUACUGGCAGUGGACAAGGGAUCUGUACCGCUCUCUUCUGUCACUGAAGUCUACAUUGAGGUUAUGGAUGUCAAUGACAACCCACCCCGUAUGUCCAGACCUGUGUUCUACCCUUCUAUCCUGGAGGAUGCACCCUCGGGUACGUCCGUGCUUCAGCUGGAAGCCUGGGACCCAGACUCCAUUUCUGAGGGGAAGCUGACCUUCAACAUCACCAGUGGGAACCACAUGGGAUUCUUUGCUAUUCAUCCAUUCACAGGUCUCCUAUCCACAGCCCAGCAGCUGGACCGAGAGAAGAAGGAUGAACACAUCCUGGAAGUGACUGUGCAGGACAAUGGGGAGCCCUCCCUGAAGUCUACCUCCAGGGUGGUGGUACGCAUCUUGGACGUCAAUGACAAUCCACCUACAUUCUCCCACAAGCUCUUCAAUGUCCGCCUUCCAGAGAGGCUGAGUCCCAUGUCCCCUGGGCCUGUGUACAGGCUGGUGGCUUCAGACCCAGAUGAGGGUUUCAAUGGCAAGAUCACCUAUAGUAUCGAGGAGAGCGAUGAAGAGGGUUUCAGUAUUGACCCAGUCACGGGCAUGGUGUCAUCCAGCAGUACCUUUGCAGCUGGAGAGUACAAUAUCCUGACGAUCAAGGCAACAGACAAUGGGCAGCCACCGCUCUCAGCCAGUGUGCGGCUACAUAUUGAGUGGAUCCCACAGCCUCGGCCUUCCUCCAUCCCCCUGGCCUUUGAUGAGACCCACUACAGCUUCACAGUCAUGGAGACAGACCCUGUGAACCACAUGGUAGGGGUCAUCAGUGUAGAAGGCCGACCUGGCCUCUUCUGGUUCAACAUCUCAGGCGGGGAUAAGGACAUGGACUUUGACAUCGAGAAGACCACAGGCAGCAUUGUCAUUGCCAGGCCUCUUGAUACAAGGAGGAGGUCAAGCUAUAACUUGACCGUGGAGGUGACAGAUGGGUCUCAUACCAUUGCCACCCAGGUCUAUAUCUUCAUGAUUGCCAACAUUAAUCACCAUCGGCCCCAGUUUCUAGAGGCUCAAUAUGAGGUCAGGGUUCCCCAGGACACAUUGCCUGGAGUCGAGCUCCUCCAAGUCCAGGCCAUGGAUCAAGACAAGGGCAAAGGCCUCAUCUAUACCAUACAUGGCAGCCAAGACCCAGAAAGUGCCAGCCUCUUCCAGCUGGACCCCAGCAGUGGUGUUCUGGUAACUGUGGGGAAACUAGACCUGAGCUCAGGGCCUUCUCAGCACACCCUCACGGUUAUGGUUCGAGACCAGGAGAUGCCCAUCAAGAGGAACUUUGUGUGGGUAACCAUUUACGUGGAGGAUGGGAACCUCCACCCACCCCACUUCACUCAGCUCCAUUAUGAGGCAAGUGUUCCUGACACCACAGCCCCAGGCACAGAGCUGCUUCAAGUCCGAGCUGCAGAUUCUGACCGGGGAGCCAAUGCUGAGGUCCACUACUCCCUUCUGAAAGGAAACAGCGAGGGUUUCUUCAACAUCAAUGCCCUCCUAGGCAUCAUCACCGUAGCCCAGAAACUUGAUCAGGCAAGUCAUGCCCAGCAUACUCUGACAGUGAAGGCAGAAGAUCAAGGUUCCCCAAAGCGGCAUGAUCUAGCUACAGUGAUCAUUCAUGUCUACCCCUCAGACAGCAGUGCCCCCAUCUUUUCAAAAGCUGAAUACUUCGUAGAGAUCCCUGAAUCAAUACCUGUUGGUUCCCCAAUCCUCCUUGUCUCUGCUACAAGCUCUUCUGAAGUCACCUACGAAUUAAGAGAGGGGAACAAGGAUGGUGUAUUUUCUAUGAACUCAUAUUCUGGCCUCAUUUCUACCCAGAAGAACUUGGACCAUGAGAAGAUCUCAUCUUACCAGCUGAAAAUCCGAGGCAGCAACAUGGCAGGUGCAUUUGCUGACGUCAUGGUGCUUGUUUACAUAAUUGAUGAAAACGACAAUGCCCCCACGUUCUCAAAGUCAACGUUCGUGGGCCAGAUUAGUGAAGCAGCCCCAUUAUACAGCAUGAUCAUGGAUAAAAACAACAACCCUUUAGUGAUUCAUGCCUUCGACAGUGACAAAGAAGCUAACUCCUUGUUGGUCUAUGAAAUAUUGGAACCAGAGGCUCUUAAGUUUUUCAGGGUUGACCCCAGUAUGGGAACCCUAACCAUCGUAUCAGAGAUGGAUUACGAGAGCAUGCCCUCUUUCCAAUUCAGUGUCUAUGUCCAUGACCAAGGAAACGCCAUCUUGUUUGCACCCAGGCCUGCACAGGUCAUCAUCAAUAUCGGAGAUGUGAAUGACUCUCCUCCUAGGUUCUCAGACCAGAUAUAUGAGGUAGCAGUCAUGGGGCCCACCCAUCCAGGUAUGGAGCUCCUUGUGGUACAGGCUAGCGAUGAUGACUCGGAAGUCACUUACAGCAUUAAAACUGGAAAUGCUGAUGACGCUGUCGCCAUCCAUCCCAUCACUGGUCGCAUAUCUGUUCUGAAUCCUGCUUUGCUGGGACUCUCUCGGAAGCUCACCAUCCGGGCUUCUGAUGGACUAUAUCAAGACACUGCACUGGUAAAAAUUUCCUUUACUGAAAUCCUUGACAAAAGCUUACAAUUUCACCAGGAUGUCUACAGAGCAUCAGUGGAAGAAAAUUUGCAGGACAGAAAGGCGCUGGUGAUUUUUGAUGUCCUGGGCAAUCAUUUGAAUGACACCCUCUCCUACUUCCUCUUGAAUGGCACAGAUGCAUUUCAAAUGGUCAAGUCAGCAGGUGUACUACAGACCAAAGGAGUGGCAUUUGACAGAGAGCGACAGGAUACUCACACAGUAGCAGUGGAAGUGAGGGACAAUAGGGCACCUCAGCGAGUGGCUCAGGCUAUGGUCAGAAUCUCUGUUAAAGAUGUUAAUGACAACCCUCCAAAAUUUAAGCAUCUGCCCUAUUACACAAUCAUCCAGGAUGGUACAGAGCCAGGAGAUGUUCUCUUUCAGGUAUCUGCGACUGAUGAGGACUUGGGGGCAAAUGGGGUCAUCACGUAUGCAUUUGCAGAAGAUUACAUCUACUUCCGAAUUGAUCCCUAUCUUGGGGACAUUACACUCAAGAAACCAUUUGAUUAUCAAGCUUUAAAUAAGUAUCGCCUCAAAGUCAUUGCUCAAGAUGGAGGAACCCCAUCACUCCAGACUGAGGAAGAAGUGCUUGUCACCGUGAGAAAUAAAUCCAACCCACUGUUUCAGAGUCCUUACUACAAAGUCAAAGUACCUGAAAAUAUUACACUAUAUACCCCAAUUCUCCACACCCAGGCCCGGAGUCCAGAGGGACUUCGGCUCAUCUACAACAUUGUGGAGGAAGAGCCCUUGAUGCUGUUCACCACUGACUUUAAAACUGGUGUCUUAACAGUGACAGGGCCUUUAGACUAUGAGUCCAAGACCAAACACGUGUUCACAGUCAGAGCUACAGACACAGCUCUGGGGUCAUUUUCUGAAGCUACAGUAGAAGUCCUGGUGGAGGACAUCAAUGAUAACCCUCCUACUUUCUCCCAGUUGGUCUACACCACUUCGGUCUCAGAAGGCUUGCCUGCUCAGACCCCUGUGAUCCAACUAUUGGCUUCUGACCAAGACUCAGGGAAGAACCGUGAUGUCUCCUAUCAGAUUGUGGAGGAUGGUUCCAAUGUUUCCAAGUUCUUCCAGAUCAAUGGGAGUACAGGGGAGAUGUCCACAGUUCAAGAGCUCGAUUACGAAUCCCAACAACAUUUUCAUGUGAAGGUCAGGGCCAUGGAUAGAGGAGAUCCUCCCCUCACUGGUGAAACUCUUGUGGUUGUCAAUGUGUCUGAUGUCAAUGAUAACCCUCCAGAGUUCAGACAACCUCAGUAUGAAGCCAAUGUCAGUGAGCUAGCAACCUGUGGACACCUGGUUCUUAAAGUCCAAGCCCUUGACCCUGAUAGCAGGGACACCUCUCACCUUGAGUACCUGAUUCUUUCGGGCAAUCAGGAUAGACACUUCUCCAUUAACAGCUCAUCAGGAAUAAUUUCUAUGUUCAACCUUUGCAAAAAGCACCUGGACUCUUCUUACAAUUUGAGGGUGGGUGCUUCCGAUGGAGUCUUUCGAGCAACUGUACCUGUAUAUAUCAAUACCACAAAUGCAAAUAAAUAUAGCCCAGAGUUCCAGCAGCACGUUUAUGAGGCAGAAUUGGCAGAGAAUGCAAAGGUGGGAACCAAGGUGAUUGAGUUGCUAGCCAUAGACAAAGAUAGUGGUCCUUACGGCACUGUUGAUUAUACUAUCAUCAAUAAACUAGCAGGCGAGAAGUUCUCCAUAAAUCCCAGUGGUCAGAUUACUACUCUGCAGAAACUAGAUAGGGAAAAUUCAACAGAAAGAGUCAUUGCUAUUAAGGUGAUGGCUCAGGAUGGAGGAGGAAGAGUGGCCUUCUGCACGGUGAAGAUCAUCCUCACAGAUGAAAAUGAUAAUCCUCCACAGUUCAAAGCAUCUGAAUACACUGUAUCUGUUCAGUCUAAUGUCAGUAAAGACUCCCCAGUUAUCCAGGUGCUAGCCUACGAUGCAGAUGAGGGUCAGAAUGCUGAUGUCACCUACUCUGUGGACUCGACAGAGGAGCUGGCCGAAGAGAUCAUUGAAGUUAACCCAAUCACUGGUGUGGUCAAGGUGAAAGAGAGCCUGGUGGGAUUGGAAAAUCGGGCCUUUGACUUCAAAAUCAAAGCCCAAGAUGGGGGCCCUCCUCACUGGGAUUCUCUGGUGCCAGUAAGACUUCAGGUGGUUUCUAAUGAAAUGCCCUUGCCCAAAUUUACUGAGCCUCUGUAUACUUUCUCUGCCUCUGAAGACCUUCCAGAGGGAUCUGAAAUUGGGUUUGUUAAAGCAGUGGCUGCUCAGGACCCAGUCAUCUACAGUCUAGUGCAGGGCACCACACCAGAGAGUAACAAGGAUGGUGUCUUCUCCUUGGACCCAGACACGGGCAUCCUGAAGGUGAGGAAGGCCAUGGAUCAUGAGUUCACCAAAUGGUACCAGAUUUAUGUGAUGGCUCAUUGUUUGCAUAAUGGCACUGACUUAGUAUCUUUGGUCUCUGUCAAUAUCCAAGUGAAAGAUGUCAAUGAUAAUAGACCUAUAUUUGAGGCUGAUCCAUAUAAGGCCGUCCUCACUGAGAAUAUGCCAGUGGGGACUUCAGUCAUUCAAGUGACUGCCAAUGACCAGGACACUGGGAGAGAUGGCCAGGUGAGCUACAGGCUGUCAGGGGAACCAGGUAGCAAUGUCCAUGAGCUCUUUACCAUUGACAGCAAAAGUGGCUGGAUCACUACACUCCAAGAACUUGACUGCGAAACCCACCAGACCCAUCGUUUUUAUGUAGUGGCCUAUGACCAUGGACAACCCACCCAGUUAUCUUCUCAGGCCCUGGUUGAGGUCUCCAUUACAGAUGAGAAUGACAAUGCACCCCGAUUUGCUUCUGAAGACUACAGAGGAUCUGUCAUUGAGAAUAGUGAGCCUGGUGAACUUGUGGCCACUCUGAAGACCCUGGAUGCUGACAUCUCUGAGCAGAACAGACAGGUUACCUGCUACAUUACAGAGGGAGAUCCCCUGGGCCAGUUUGGCAUCAGCCAAGCUGGGGAUGAGUGGAGGAUUUCCUCAAGGAAGACUCUGGACCGAGAGCACAUAGCCAAGUACCUGCUCAGAAUCACAGCAUCUGAUGGCAAGUUCCAGGCUUCAGUCACUGUGGAGAUCUUCGUCCUGGACAUCAAUGAUAACAGCCCACAGUGCUCACAGCUUCUCUACACUGGCAAGGUCCGUGAAGAUGUAUCUCCAGGACACUUGGUUUUGAAAGUUUCUGCCACAGACUUGGACACAGACACCAAUGCACAGAUCACAUACUCUCUACAUGGUCCUGGGGUGAAUGAAUUCAAGCUGCAUCCUCAUACAGGGGAGCUGACCACACUCACAGCACUAGACCGGGAGCGAAAGGAUACGUACAGCCUUGUUGCCAAAGCAACCGACGGAGGUGGCCGAUCAUGCCAGGCAGAUGUGACUCUCCACGUGGAGGACGUGAAUGACAAUGCCCCUCGGUUCUUCCCCAGCCAUUGCACUGUGGCUGUCUUCGACAACACCACCGUUAAGACUCCCGUGGCUGUGGUAUUUGCACGGGAUCCUGACCAAGGCACCAAUGCCCAGGUGGUUUACUCUCUGACUGAUUCCGCGGAAGGCCACUUUUCCAUCGACGCCACCACUGGCGUAAUCCGACUGGAGAAACCUUUGCAAGUCAAGCCACAGGUGGCGCUGGAGCUCACGGUCCGAGCCUCGGAUCUGGGCACCCCGAUUCCGCUCUCCACGUUGGGCACCGUCACGGUCUCCGUGGUGGGCCUUGAAGACUACCUGCCCGUGUUCCUGAACACCGAGCACAGUGUGCAGGUCCCCGAGGACGCCCGGCCUGGCUCGGAGGUGCUGCAUCUGGCCACCCUCACUCGCCCUGGUGCCGAGAAGACCAGCUACCGGAUGGUGAGCGGGAACGAGCAGGGGAGGUUCCGCCUGGAUGCUCGCACAGGAAUCCUAUAUGUCAAUAGGAGCCUGGACUUUGAGACAAGUCCCAAGUACUUCCUGUCCAUUGAGUGCAGCCGGAAGGGCUCUUCCUCUCUCAGUGACAUGACCACAAUUGUGGUCAACAUCACCGAUGUCAACGAAUACCGGCCCAGAUUCCCCCAGGAGCUGUAUGACACGAGAGUCUUAGAGAAUGCCAUCGUGGGUGACAUCAUCCUCACAGUGUCAGCAACUGAUGAAGACGGACCUCUAAAUAGUGCCAUUACUUAUAGCUUGGUGGGAGGGAACCAGCUCGGGCACUUUACCGUCCACCCGAAGACAGGGGAGCUACAAGUGGCCAAGGCCCUGGAUUGGGAACAGACUUCUAGCUAUUCCCUGAGGCUCCGAGCCACAGACAGCGGGCAGCCCCCACUGCACGAGGACACCAACAUUACUGUCCAAGUGGUUGACGUCAACGAUAACCCACCGAGAUUCUUCCAGCUCAACUACAGCACCACUGUCCAGGAGAACUCCCCCAUUGGCAGCAAAGUCCUACAGCUCAUCCUGAGUGACCCAGACUCCCCAGAGAAUGGUCCCCCCUACUCAUUCCGAAUCACCAAGGGAAACACUGGCUCUGCCUUCCGAGUGACCCCAGAUGGAUGGCUGGUGACCACUGCAAGCCUGAGCCGGAGGGUUCAGGAAUGGUAUCAACUUCAGAUUGAGGUGUCAGACAGCGGCAUGCCUUCCCUCUCAUCCUCCACCUCUGUCAGAGUCCACGUCACUGAGCGGAGUCACUACCCGCCCUCUGCCCUCCCAUUGGAAAUCUUCAUCACCAUCAGCGAAGAGGAGUUCCAGGGUGGCAUGGUGGGCAAAAUCCAUGCUACAGACCGAGACCCCCAGGACAUGCUGACCUACAGCCUCAUGGGAGAGGAGACCUUGGGCAGGCGCUUCUCAGUGGGCACAUCAGAUGGCAAGAUUAUCGCUGCUCAGGGACUUCCUCAUGGCCGCUAUUCAUUUAAUGUUACAGUCAGCGAUGGGACCUUCACCACCAUUGCUGGGGUCCAUGUCCAUGUGUGGCACAUGGGACGGGAGGCUCUGCAGCACGCCCUGUGGAUGGGCAUCAACCAACUGACCCCAGAGGAUCUGUUGAGUGACCACUGGCGGAACCUGCAGAGGUUUCUGAGCAACAAGCUGGACAUCAAAAGGGCCAACAUCCACUUGGCCAGCCUUCAGCCUGCAGAGGCCAUGGCUGGUGUGGAUGUGCUUCUGGUCUUUGAAGGGCAUUCUGGAACCGUCUACAAGCUCCAGGAGCUGGCAUCCAUCAUCACUCGCUCAGCCAAAGAGAUGGAGCACUCGGUGGGAAUUCAGAUGAGAUCAGCCAUGCCUGUGGUGCCCUGCCAAGGACCAAGCUGCCAGGGUCAAAUCUGCCAAGAGACGGUGCACCUGGACCCCAAGGUUGGGCCCAUGUACAGCACGGCCAGGCUCAGCAUCCUAACCCCACGGCACCACCUGGAGAGGAACUGCUCCUGCAAUGGUACUGCCACAAGGUUCGGUGGUCAGAGCUACAUACGGUAUAGGCCCCCAGAUGCUCGGAAAUGGCAUAUCCAUUUCUAUCUGAAAACGCUCCAGCCACAGGCCAUUGUCCUGUUCACCAAUGAGACAGCAUCAAUUUCCCUGAAGCUAACAAAUGGAAUACCCCAGCUGGAAUACCGCUGUCCAGGUGGAUUCUAUGGAAACCUAUCCUCCCAGCGCCAUGUGAAUGACCAAGAAUGGCACUCCAUACUGGUAGAGGAGAUGGACACUUCCAUUCGCCUGUUGGUUGAUAAUAUGGGCAAUGCCUCCCUUGCCAUACCAGAGAACUGCCAAGGUCUCAUAUCAGAGAGACACCUCUUGUUGGGUGGCCUUGUCCUUUCUCAUUCUUCCUCAAAUGUCUCCCGGGGCUUUGAAGGCUGCUUGGAUGCUGUUAUGGUCAAUGGAGAGGCACUGGAGCUGCUGGUUCAUGGCAAGAAGGUCACAGGCUUGUUGGAGAGGCAAGCUCUCACCCAGUGCUGCGUCCACAGUGACGGCUGCAGCCAGAACCCAUGCCUCAAUGGUGGGAUGUGCUCACAGACCCAGGGGUCAGGCUAUGUCUGCAAGUGCCCGCCGCAGUUCUCUGGGAAGCACUGUGAACGAGGAAGAGAGAACUGCACUUCCACAUCCUGCCUGGAAGGUGGAACUUGCAUUUCCUCUCCGGAAGGAGCUUCCUGUGACUGCCCUCACCCUUACACGGGAGACAGGUGUGAAAUGAAAGCAAGGGGCUGCUCAGAAGGACACUGUCUAGUCACUCCUGCGAUCAAAAGGGGGGACUGGGGACAGCAGGAGUUACUGAUCAUCUUGGUGGCCAUAGUGCUGAUCAUCAUAGUCACUGGCGGGAUGCUCCUCUACUGCCGCCGUUGCAAGUCUCACAAGCCCGUGGCCAUGGAGGACCCAGAUCUCCUAGCCAGGAGUGUUGGUGUCGAUACCCAGACCAUGCCUGCCAUCGAGCUCAACCCCCUGAGCACCAGCUCCUGCAACAACUUGAGCCAACCAGAGCCCUGUAAGACCUCAGUUCCGAAUGAACUCGUCACUUUUGGACCCAGCUCUAAGCAACGGCCAAUGGUCUGCAGUGUGCCUCCCAGACUCCCACCAGCUGUGGUUCCUUCUGACAAUGAGGCUGUGAUUAAGAGAACCUGGUCGGGCGAGGAGAUGGUGUACCCCACUGGGGCCACAGUCUGGCCCCCUACUUACUCCAGGAAGGAAUGCUGGGAGUACCCCCACUCCGCAGUGACCCAGGGCCCUCGGCCGCCCUCACCUCACCACCACCCUUCAGCUGUGAUGCCGGAUUCCACUGGCCUCUAUGGAGGCUUCCCCUUCCCCCUGGAGCUGGAAAACAAGCGGGCACCCCUCCCACCUCGUUACAGCAACCAGAACCUGGAAGAUCUGAUGCCCCCGCGGCCCCCCAGUCCCAGGGAGAGACUGCUCGCCCCCUGUCUCAACGAGUACACAGCCAUCAGCUACUACCACUCGAAGUUCCGGCAGGGAGCGGGAGGGCCCUGCGUGGCAGAGGGGGGCUACAAAGGUGUGAGUAUGCGCCUCAGCCGGGCUGGGCCCUCUUAUGCCGACUGUGCACUGGAGGGGGCACCUCCCACAGACCGGGGCCAGCCCCGGCCCCCUCCCAACUACGAGGGCUCCGACAUGGUGGAGAGUGAUUACGGGAGCUGCGAGGAGGUCAUGUUCUAGCUUCUGUUCUCAGAGGAAGGCAGGCGGGAGGCCAAGGACUUGGCACCUUCCUCUGUCUCAUAGGGAGUGAGUUGAGUGUGUCCGGGAAAGGGGGAGGGAAGCCCCCAUACCCAGUCCUUGAAAUGUGCUCUCCGGACCCCCAGCUUGUCCCUGAAGGUGGAGGGAAGCUGAGGUCAGAGCUUCAGAAACAGCAUGAGGGCCCCCAGGGAGAGGAUGAGCCAGAGCAGUUACGCUGGAAAACCAGGCCUGCCUGGCUCCUGAGAUGGGCAAGAGACAGGCUGUCUGACUGACUCGCCAUCUCAGUCCCCAGGGCAGCAGGUAUGAACUUCCAGGCCGGCUCUGCCAGGACGCCUUGUUAGACCUGCCCACAGCUCCGCUUAGGAGGCUGGCAGGUUCACA